AUGGGAUCUGUGCAAUGGACGCUUUUACUACUUAUGGUCGUCAGCAUUUGCAGCGUUCACGUCCAUGCAAGUGAUCCACCUUUAACGUUAGAUUACUACAAGAAAACAUGCCCAGCUGUGCUGGAACUUGUUAGGAAGGAAAUGGAAUGUGCUGUGCUUUCUGAUCCUCGUAAUGCAGCUUUGAUCUUAAGAUUACAUUUCCAUGAUUGCUUCGUUCAGGGCUGCGAUGGGUCAGUUCUGCUGGAUGAUACAAUCGAUCUCCAAGGAGAAAAGGAGGCACCAACUAACAAAAACGCUUUAAAGGGGUUCAGAAUCAUUGACAAAAUAAAGAACUUACUGGAGUCAGAGUGCCCAGGAAUAGUCUCUUGUGCUGAUAUUCUCACUGUUGCAGCAAGAGAUGCAGUUCUGCUGGUAGGUGGCCCGUAUUGGGAUGUUCCUUUGGGUAGAAAAGACUCCAAAACUGCCGGUUAUGAGCUCUCAAGUAUCAAUCUUCCAACUGCAGCUGAUGGCCUUCUCUCCAUCAUUUCCAAGUUUAUGGAGCAAGGGCUCUCAGUCACUGACAUGGUGGCUCUCUCUGGUGCCCACACCAUUGGCAUGGCACGUUGUGUGAAUUUCAGGGACAGAAUAUAUGGAGACUACGCACUCACUUCAGAAGUAAAUCCAAUUUCUGAGGCAUAUCUGCAAAACUUGAGAUCUUCAUGCCCUCCUGCCGGUGGAGAAGACAACAAGGAAUCAGCUAUGGACUAUGAGACCCCUGAACUAUUCGAUAACUCCUAUUACCAAAUUUUAUUGAGGGGACAGGGACUCAUUAAUUCAGACCAAGAGCUUUAUUCAAGUAUUCUUGGAAUUGAAACCAAAAGGCUAGUCCAAAAUUAUGCUGAAAACCCUCUUGCUUUCUUUGAGCAAUUCUCCCAAUCCAUGGUGAAAAUGGGCAACAUCACAAACCCUGAAACUUAUGUCGAUGGAGAAGUUAGGAGGAACUGUAGAUUUGUGAACACAUGA